CAGAAGGCCGCGCCCGCCUCGCCGCUGAGGAUGUCCCGGAAGGGGCCGCGGACGGAGGUGUGCGCGGACUGCGGCGCCCCAGACCCUGGCUGGGCCUCAAUUAACCGCGGCGUGCUGAUCUGCGACGAAUGCUGCAGCGUCCACCGCAGCCUGGGCCGGCACAUCUCCAUCGUCAAGCACCUGCGCCACAGCCCCUGGCCCUCCCCGCUGCUGCAGAUGGUGCACACUCUGGCCAGCAAUGGUGCCAACUCCAUCUGGGAGCACUCGCUGCUGGACCCGGCGCAGGUGCAGAGCGGGCGGCGCAAGGCCAAUCCUCAGGACAAAGUGCACCCCACCAAGUCCGAGUUCAUCCGCGCCAAGUACCAGAUGCUGGCCUUUGUGCACAAGCUGCCCUGCCGUGACGACGAUGGUGUCACCGCCAAGGACCUCAGCAAGCAACUGCACUCCAGCGUGCGGACGGGGAACCUGGAGACCUGCCUGCGCCUGCUCUCGCUGGGCGCCCAGCCCAGCUUCUUCCACCCGGAGAAGGGCACCACCCCACUCCAUGUUGCUGCCAAGGCUGGACAGAUCCUGCAGGCUGAGCUGCUGGUGGUGUACGGUGCCGACCCUGGGGCGCCCGAUGUGAACGGCAGGACCCCCAUCGACUACGCCCGGCAGGCAGCCCAACACGAGCUCGCCGACCGGCUGGUGGAGUGUCAGUACGAGCUGACGGACCGGCUGGCCUUCUACCUGUGCGGCCGCAAGCCGGACCACAAGAACGGGCACUACAUCAUCCCGCAGAUGGCAGACAGCCUGGACCUGUCUGAGCUGGCGAAAGUGGCGAAGAAGAAGUUACAGGCGCUCAGCAACCGCCUCUUCGAGGAGCUGGCCAUGGACGUGUACGACGAGGUGGACCGCAGGGAGAACGACGCCGUCUGGCUCACAACGCAGAAUCACAGCACGCUGGUGACGGAGCGCAGCGCUGUGCCCUUCCUGCCCGUCAACCCCGAGUACUCGGCCACACGAAACCAGGGGCGGCAGAAGCUCGCCCGGUUCAACGCCAGGGAGUUCGCCACCCUCAUCAUCGACAUCCUCAGCGAGGCCAAGCGACGGCAGCAGGGCAAGAGCCUGGGGAGCCCCACAGACACCGUCGACUACCCGGUGCGGAGCCAGAGCGACCCGGACGACCAGCACGACUACGACAGCGUCGCCUCCGACGAGGACACGGACCAGGAGCCUCUGCGCAGCGCCGCCCGCAACAACCGCGCCCGGAGCAUGGACUCCUCGGAGCUGUCGGAUGGGCCCAUCACGCUGCAGGAGUACCUGGAGGUGAAGAAGGCGCUGGCCGCCUCCGAGGCCAAGGUGCAGCAGCUGAUGAAGGUGAACAACAGCCUGAGCGACGAGCUGCGUCGGCUGCAGCGUGAGAUCCACAAGCUGCAGGCGGAGAACUCGCAGAUGCGGCAGCAGCCGGGCCCGGGCACGCGGGUGCCAGCCCCCAGCGAGCGCUCGGAGCAUGGGCAUGGCGUGGCCACGGCAGCAGCUCACCGGCGCGACCGCCAGGCCUUCUCCAUGUAUGAACCGGGCUCUGCCCUCAAGCCCUUCGGGCAGCCCGUGGACGAGCUGGUCGGCCGCCUGCAGCCCUUCCACUCCAGCGAGGUGGAGGAUGAAGCGGUGUACUCCACGCACAUCCCGGCCAGCGGGUACCGGAUCCGGAAGGGGGUGUCUGCCUCCUCGGUGCCCUUCCCCCCCUCCUCCCCGCUGCUCUCCGGCGUGCAGGAUGGCACCCGCCACAUGACCAGCAAGCUGGACCGGCACGGCAGCGGGACUGACAGCGACUAUGACAACACACAGGCUGGCGAGGCACUGCUCAGCAUCGACGGGAAGCGGUUCCUGGACCUGGGGAAGGACGAUGACUUCCACGCGGAGCUGGAGGCCCUGGACGGGGAGCUGGACCCCGGGCUGCCCAGCACCGAGGACGUGAUCCUGAAGACCGAGCAGGUCACCAAGAACAUCCAGGAGCUGCUGCGGGCCGCCCAGGAGUUCAAGCAUGACAGCUUCGUGCCCUGCUCCGAGAAGAUCCACUCCGCCGUCACCGAGAUGGCCUCGCUCUUCCCCAAGAAGCCAGCCCUGGAGACGGUGCGCAGCUCCCUGCGGCUGCUCAAUGCCAGCGCCUACCGGCUGCAGAGCGAGUGCCGCAAGACCAUGCCGCCGGAGCCUGGCGCGCCCGUGGACUACCAGCUCCUGACGCAGCAGGUCAUCCAGUGUGCCUACGACAUCGCCAAGGCCGCCAAGCAGCUGGUCACCAUCACCACCCGUGAGAAGAAGCAGUGA